AUGUCCGGUAUUCCCAUCCCAGAGCCAGAGGCGGACCCUGAAGAGGAAUUUAUACAAUAUGCAGUCAAUGUGAAGGACGACGUCGAGAAAGGGGCCGAGUCACGAACUUCCCGCUCUCCUGUCUCUCAUGCAGAACGACUUCGAGCUGUCCCAGCGCGACUGGUGACAGUUAGCCGUGAUUAUGGCGUAGUCGGAGAUGCCUCCAGCGUGCAUGGAAGUAUCAGCGACCUUCCGACACUGCCAUACGGCAUGUCCUCCUUGGACGGAUUCAUCAAGCCAGGUAGCCCUGCACCUUCGUAUUCCUCGGAAGACCCGUCACGGGAGCGAUUUGUUCAAUUCCCAUCUCGACGGGCACGCCCACUUUUGUUGAACCAGAAUGUCGCCAUUCCCGCCACCCCUACGAGACGAGAUACUCCCGACUCCAUGGCGUCUGUGUCAACUCUUGGCUCUCGCGAAAGUGCACGCAGCCGCACUGCGGAUGUCACCAAGCUGCAACGCCCCCCUCUUGCAGUAAUCGCUGAUCAUAGGAGGUCGAUUUCGACCGAUUCGCUUCCUCUAUCUGCUGUUCCCCCACAAUUGCGACCUCGUACCCCUGCAUCCCACCGUCAUUCACGCUCUGACGCGUCUUCGAUGUACUCCACGUCUGAGCAGAUCAUCAGCAUGUACACCUCUUCCCGUGCAGUUCCCAGAACGCCAACUUCGGUACAUUCAAUUACUGCCAGUCUACUCUUCAUGGAACCUGGUGAUUCUAGAGCGCCGUCGCCUUCUCAACACCAAAGGAGCGGAAGCAACGCGAGCCAGCGAUCCUAUCUGGUAUCUUCAGGGCUCAGUCGCCAGCCUACAGCCAGGAUGCAUCUGCCUAAUCCGUUUGUGCCCAUCGAGGAGGUGCCUUCCCCGCCAGCUGGUUCCACACCAUAA